GACGCUCACCAACAUGGGUCCUCUGUGACUUACAGUGGUGUCUUAUAUUUUUCUGGUUCCAACAUUUUUGUUUUAAUCAAUAGUGAGAAAUAUAUUAAUGAAUUUUUUUUUCAAUUCCUGUUAAAAUAUUUCGGGAUUAAUUUACAUCAACAAGAGUGAAGAAAUAAUUAAAAGUGAAUAUUUUACUGACAUUUGAUUACCAACGACGAUGACCACUGAAAAAGAACAUUCAAGAUGGCUUGACAAACAAAUGUAAUUAACAAAUUUAAACCAAACGCCAAUUAAACAAUUCACAAUCCGAACGAUAAUGGAAAACCAUGAACUAAUCGACGCUGCGCUAAACAAUCUUAAUUCAUCUUUCCGACUAUCUACAAUAUACUGUAACGUGUCCUGCUGUCAGUACAGCACCAACAAUGUGAUUUGUUUCGGAGACUUUAAUUAUACAGACAAACACAACCUAACACACCUGGCGAGUUGGGAUCUGGGAGUGAGAUGGACGUACGCCAUCCUGGUGAUGCUGGUGGCCCUCUUGGGCAACCUCUCCGUCAUCAUCAUCCUGCUCAAGAACCGUCUGCUGCUUCGCACCUCCGUCAACCACUUCAUCCUCAACAUGUCGGUGGCCGACCUCAUCAUGGCGGUCACCGGGCCCAUACCUUUCACCAUCAGAGACAUCAGCAGCUUCUGGCCCCUGGGUGAAGUCUGGUGUCACCUAGAAGGUUACAUACAGAUGCUGGUGUUGUUCGUGAGCCUGACGUCUCUAGCGACCAUCAGCGUGGACAGGAUGAUCGGCGUGGUGCGUCCCUUCCACCAGCACCUCAAAAAGAGGCACUCAUUGACCAUUAUAAUUGUUAUCUGGAUCGUGUCAGCCCUCAUUGCUGUUCCCUGGGCCGUCUACAGGGUCUACACUGUGCACAUCUGGAAGGACCUGACGGAGACCAUCUGUGGCGAGAAAGAUAAGAUCAACAUCUGGUGGAUUGUGGGAGUGAUCGUCCUCACCUGGCUUCCUCUCGGUAUUAUGGUCGUCUGCUACUCCACCAUCCUCAUCUACUUCCGCCACAAGAACUUCCGGAUUUCAUCCCAGAAUGAGCACCCGGUGAUCACCCACGUCAAGAAGCGGGUAGUAAAGAUGAUGUUCGUGUUGGUGGUGAGCUUCGCCUGCUGCUGGCUGCCGAUGCAGAUCCUUAAGAUCUCAACCAAGUCUUUCCUGGAUCCAAACGGCCAGUAUAAGGACGAGGCUACGGAAAAGUCAUACAAGAUCCUGCUGACUGUAGCUCAGUACAUGGUCUACAUCAACCCCGCUCUCAACCCCAUCGUCUACGCCCUCAUGCACCAGACCUUCAGGAGGGCCUUCAGGGUCACCUUCCCCUGCUUCUAUAACCGCAAGUCGUCUCUCGUGCUGACACCUGGCGAUGGGAUGCGACGCUACAUGUGGUCGUACAGGUCUGGCACCACCUCCUAUGCUGGCGGAAACGACACUAGCAGUGUUAUAAGACAGAGGGCAGGGACCGAGGGGAGACCUACACCCACCGCUCUGCUGUCGACAUCAACACUGGCAGCCGCUAUCGCCUUGGAUUCAACCGUGAAGAAGUCAGAUACAGAAAGAAGUCAGUCGCCGAUAAGAUGUAAACGCAGUUCACAUCACAAAUACAAAUUUUCAAGAACUGGACGUUCUUCUGUAGAUGAUGAGCGCUCCUUGCAUGGCAGCUACAAGAAAAUAAGGAACCGCUCUGCUAAUUCUGAACCCUCGCCAGAUGUAAAUCUCCAAGAAGUAUACAGCGAGACAAGUUUCUCUGUUAAUGUAGAGUGUGCAUAUGCCAACAAGCAUGACAAUCAGCUCUCUUUAACCUACGUCAACGAGGGAUAUGUCAGUGAUCUACAGCACCUGAGAAUGUCAUCACUAAGUAAUGGCACUCUUGGCCACCUCAUUACCCAAGUCAUUGAGGAGGAAACGUCCAGUGAUGUUGAAAGAGAACGAGUUCUAUAAUAGUGAAAGAGUUGGACAGGAAAACAUUACCUAAAACAGAGAACCUCGUAUCUAAAAUGAAAUUCAGAAUGAAAAUUUCUCAAUGUUAAAAAAAAACUAACCCCGAAAAGACUACUAUAGGAAUAAACGAUAAAUGAGGCUACUGUAGUGAUAAACGAUACAUAAAGCUACUAUAGUGAUAAACCAUACAUGUGGCUAUUAUAGUGAUAAACGAUGCAUGAGGCUGCUAUAGUGAUGAACGAUACAUAAGGUUGCUAUACUGUAGUGAUGAACGGUUGUAUGUCACAAGAUAACCAUUAAGUAUUUAUUUUUUAUCGUAAAAUCUGAACAAGAAUAAAGGAAAUGUAUAUUUGCUUUAUUUGGGGUUAUCUGUUCCCCAAAUGUGAUUUUUUAAAAGUAAUUCUCAAAAUGUGGGGAAUUUGUGUUAUCAUGUGAAUUCAGGUCAGAACACAAGAAAUAAAACAUGAAUAAACAUAAAUAAACUCGGAAAUAAGCUAUCUUGUAACAAAAUAGGCCUAAAUAAGGUGACAUCCAAAGAAGUUAUCGAUUUUAGCGCCUAUAAAGUGCAGCGACAUAUGUCUCACAUAAUGUUCCCAGACCAUGUUUGCUGGCACAUCAGUCCCUGGCGCUCGCAAAAUAAGUCAUUUCAUUUCUCAUCUCAAAUUGUUACGCAACAAAUUUUUACACACACACAACACUAGAUGUUAUGAAUGAUACUGUGCAUGUUUUGAACUAGAUUUUGUGAGAAAAAGUCAUAAUAUAUUUAAUAUUUAUGUAUUAAAUGUUCCAGGAAGUUUCACUAACCGUCAUUCAUCGUUGUUUACACUACAUAUGUAUACUGGUCAUUAUUCAUUGAGUAACACUAGAUAGGUUUUCUUGUCUACUUUCACUUUAGUCAUAAAAUAUUUAUUCUAAAUAUCAUGAUAAAUAUUCACAUUUAAAAACUUUAUUUGUAAAUGGUUGUACAUAUGUGAGUUAUUGAGUACGUUAUUUACGCAAGUGAUUUAAUUACAACGUUAAAUUAAAUUACUACUUACACAGUAUUU